AUGUCUGAUACACAAGCCAGUAACAAGACAAUUGAUGAGCCUGUGCCGACCACAGACGUUUCAUCCCAGGACGAAGCUCCGACAGGGCUUCUUCCCGGUCAGCAUUGGACGCAGACCGAACCAGAUCAGGACGAUGACGACAAUGAUUCAACACUAUCUGACAAUGCCAGCUCAACAGCUUCACUUUCGUCCGAUAUUCUGCGCUACCGUGAGAUUAAUGGUAGAAGAUAUCAUAGUGAACAGGGCGAUGCUCAGUAUUGGUCAGUCGUCAUCUCGGCAGUUAUGGGCCAUGGCCAUCAAGUUUGGCACGUUGAAUUUAACUUUUUGUCCAGGAUUUCUAAUGAUAACCAAGCCAACGAGGCAUUGGACAUCAAUCACCAUGUUCUGAUUCUCAUGUACAACGACAAGCUCUUCAAGGCGCCGUUGAACGACAACGUACAGAACGUAGUAGAUAUUGGAACAGGCACGGGAAUUUGGGCGAUGGACUUUGCCGACGAGUUCCCCAACGCAAAGGUGAUAGGAACCGACAUUUCCCCAAUCCAGCCAGGUUGGCUACCACCAAACCUCGAGUUUCAAAUCGACGAUUGUAUGCAGGAAUGGACUUUCAAGGAGAAUUCACUUGACUAUGUACACAUGAGAUUCCUAGUCGGCAGCAUUAUCGACUGGCCCGGACUGUUCAAGCAAGCAUAUAAGUGCCUGAAGCCAGGGGGCUAUAUCGAAAGCCAUGAGGCCUCGCCUUGCAUUGGAAGUGACGAUAACUCGGUGUCCGAAGACAGUGCUAUGGGCCAGUGGGGAAAGAUCUUCAUGGAAGGAGGUCGGAAGCUUCAACGGCCUUUCUCUGUUCUUGAAGAUAAUGUACAAGUUGAGAGCAUGAAUGAAGCAGGAUUCAUUAACAUUGAGGAAGAAGAGAUCAAGGUGCCCAUUGGCGGAUGGCCUGAAGAUCCCAGGCUCAAAGAGGCUGGUCAGUAUUUCCAUGCUGCAAUCCUGCAAGAUGUCGAAGGCACUCUCACGUUCAUCGCGAACCUUUUGGGGUGGAGUAAAGAAGAGAUCCACGUCUUUGCCGCCAGGUAUCGUCGUGAGAUACGAUCAAAGAAGGUCCACGGGUACUUUAGGGGAAAGGUGGUCUGGGCGCAAAAGCCACUUGGCAACUGA